AUGGCUUCCAAGCUACUUUCCCUCCGACGACUCUACAGGCUUCGAAACCCUCACUUUCCUUCUUCUUUGCCUUCUUCACGUAUCCUGCUUCUGCGAGCUUCGGAUCCUCGCUGUUCUCGAUUCGGCUUCACAUUCGCUGCUGUUUCAGCUUCUUCCAGGAGUUUCUGCUCCAGCUCCUCCGCUACCGACGUCCACGGCCCCGCCGCCAUAGACUACCGCUCUCUUCUGCAGGAAAAUGAAUUUCACGAGCUAGCUGAUACGACUAUUCAUGACCUUCAAGAGAAAUUGGAGGAAUAUGGGGAUACAGUGCAAGUAGAUGGAUUUGAUAUAGACUACGGGAAUGAGGUUCUGACACUGAAGCUAGGGGAGCUAGGCACCUAUGUAUUGAACAAACAAACUCCCAAUAGGCAACUUUGGCUGUCUUCCCCUCUGAGUGGUCCAUCGAGGUUUGACUGGGAUAGGGAUGCUCAAGCCUGGAUUUAUCGAAGAACCAAGUCAAACUUGAUUGAAGUUUUGGAAAGUGAGCUAAAGCAGUUGUGUGGUGAACCCAUCAAGCUUACUACUACAUAA